GACAGACCGCGGCACACACACGCACAGGCCCUUGCAGAAAGGUUGUUUUUUAUUUCACGGUUCGCGUGGUGGUGUUUGUGCCGGAAAAUAAAACGUGGAUAAAGAGGCCGAUCUUACGGCAGGGAAAGGCUUAUCUCUCAGUUCGCAUUGCGUAGGGUGCAGAUUUUAAGGUGCCCGAAAGUACUGCAUUGGUAGUUUUGCUUCCUCGUCCCUUUGCGGCACCGCAUUUUGCAUAUACACACACACCCUCUGUGCCUAUCAACCAUGGACACCUCGCUGACCGCCUCCCAGAUCCGGAGCAUCUUUCUCGACUUCUUCAAGGAGAAGGAGCAUCUGUACGUGCACUCGUCGUCGGUGAUCCCGCUGGACGAUCCGACGCUGCUGUUCGCCAAUGCGGGCAUGAACCAGUUCAAGCCGAUCUUUCUCGGCACGGUCGACCCGAACAGCGACAUGGCGAAGUGGGUGCGCACGGCCAACACGCAGAAGUGCAUCCGUGCCGGCGGCAAGCACAACGAUCUGGACGACGUCGGCAAGGAUGUGUACCAUCACACGUUCUUCGAGAUGCUGGGCAACUGGUCGUUUGGGGACUACUUCAAGAAGGAGAUCUGUACGUGGGCGUGGGAGCUGCUCACCGAGCGGCUUAAGCUGCCGAAGGAGCGCCUGUACGUGACGUACUUCGGGGGCCAUCCCGAGUCGGGCCUGGAGCCGGAUCUGGAGUGUCGCGAGAUUUGGCUGAAGCUGGGCGUGAAGGAGGAACACAUCCUGCCCGGAAGCAUGAAGGACAACUUCUGGGAGAUGGGCGAAACCGGCCCGUGUGGACCGUGCUCGGAGCUGCAUUUCGAUCGCAUCGGUGGCCGCAGCGUGCCGGAGCUGGUCAAUAUGGACGAUCCGGACGUGCUGGAGAUUUGGAAUCUGGUGUUCAUCCAGUACAACCGCGAGCAGGACAGUUCGCUGAAGCUGCUGCCCAAGAAGCACAUCGAUUGUGGAAUGGGGUUCGAGCGGCUCGUGUCGGUGAUACAGGACAAGCGGUCGAACUACGAUACGGACGUGUUUAUGCCGCUGUUUGAUGCGAUUCAGAAGGGCACGGGUGCAGCAGCAUAUCAGGGUCGGGUCGGUGCGGACGACAGUGACGGGGUGGAUAUGGCGUACCGUGUGCUGGCGGAUCACGCUCGUACGAUCACGAUCGCGCUGGCCGACGGUGGAUUCCCGGACAACACUGGGCGCGGCUAUGUGCUGCGGCGCAUUCUGCGUCGUGCCGUGCGGUACGCCACGGAGAAGCUGAACGCGAAGCCGGGAUUCUUCGCCACGUUGGUGGAUACGGUGGUGCAGCUGCUGGGGGAAACGUUCCCGGAGGUGCGCAAAGAUCCGCAGCACAUCAAGAACGUGAUCAACGAGGAGGAGCAACAGUUCCUGAAGACGCUUACCCGGGGACGCAAUCUGUUGAACCGCACGAUCGCGAAGCUGGGCAAUAGCAAGGUGAUACCGGGCGAUGUGGCCUGGCGCCUGUACGAUACGUACGGCUUCCCGAUCGAUCUGACGCUGCUGAUGGCGGAGGAGAAGCAGAUGACGAUCGACAUGGAAGGGUACGAGAAGGCCAAGCACGAAUCGUACAUUGUGUCGCAGGGCAAGGAAAAGUCCAAGACGGCCACGAUCGAUCUGGACGUGCACGGCAUCUCGGAGCUGCAGGAGCGCAAGGUGCCCGCGACGGACGAUUCGUUCAAGUACCGGUACAAGGCGGAAUCGAUCGACCCGCUGGCGCAGUACGUAUUCGAGCCGUGCACGGGCAAGAUCGUGGCCCUGCGCUUUAACAACGCGUUCGUGGAGGAAGUGCAGGCCGGCCAGGAGUGUGGCGUGAUACUGGAUCGUACCAACUUUUACGCCGAAAGCGGCGGCCAGAUCUACGACCAGGGCUUUCUGGUGAAGGUGAACGACGAGAGCAGCGAGUUUAACGUGUCGCUCGUGUACAACCGGGGAGGAUACGUGCUGCACAUCGGUGUGGUGGAGGGUACGCUCCGCGUCGGGGACGAGGUGCACUGCCACAUGGACGUGGUGCGCCGUCAGCUGACGAUGAAGAAUCACUCGGCCACGCACGCCCUGAACCACUCGCUGCUGAAGGUGCUCGGCCAGGACACGGAUCAGCGAGGCUCGCUGGUGGUGCCGGAGAAGCUGCGGUUCGAUUUCACCAACAAAUCGGCUAUGACCAUCGAGCAGGUCGCUGAAGCGGAACGGCUGACGCGCGAAGUAGUGAAGCGGAAUGUGCAGGUGUACGCGAAGGAAGCGAACCUGGCAGUCGCCAAGACGAUCCGGGGAUUGCGCUCCGUGUUCGAUGAAGUGUACCCCGAUCCGGUCCGUGUCAUUUCGUUCGGUGUGCCGGUAGAGCAGCUCGAAGCCAACCCAACGGGCGAGGCGGGUGUGAUCAACUCGGUCGAGUUUUGCGGUGGCACCCAUCUGCACCAGUCCGGCCACAUGGUGGACUUUGUCAUCACGACGGAGGAAGCGAUUGCGAAGGGAAUCCGGCGCAUCGUCGCACUGACCGGACCGGAAGCGCUGAAGGCGUUGAAAAAGACGGAACUGCUCGAGCAGGAGCUGAGCAAACUGCGGGCCACGAUCGACGGGGAUAAGGAGGGCCGGGAAGCGAAGGAGCACUUGAAGAAGAUUAUCGAGCUGACGGACGAUGUGUCGCAGGCGACCAUACCGUACGUGAAGAAGGACGAGCUGCGCACGGUACUGAAGGGGCUGAAGAAGGCGCUGGACGAUAAGGAGCGUGUCGCCAGGGCGGCCGUCGCUAGCGGUGUGGUCGAGAAGGCGAAGGAACUGUCCCAAGCGCACAAGGACGCACCGUUCCUGGUGCAGCGGCUGGAGGCGCUGAACAACACGAAGGCACUCGAUUCCGCCCUGAAGGAGGUGCGCAAGGUCAAUCCGGAGCAGUCCGCGCUGUUCCUGUCGGUGGACGAGGAUUCCAAGAAGAUUUUCUGCCUCGCCAGCGUACCGAAAUCGGCCGUCGACAAGGGCCUGAAGGCGAACGAAUGGAUCUCACACAUUGCGCCGGUUAUGGGCGGUAAGGGUGGCGGUAAGCCGGAGUCCGCCCAGGCUUCCGGAGGAAACUUCGACAAGGCGGACGAGAUUCUGGAGUUGGCUCGCCUUUUCGCCGCCUCGAAGCUGGAGUAAGCGCGUCCAACGGCGUUCCGGUGAAGCAUUUCGCGUGUAGUGGCAGGUGUAGUGUACUGGUCUGAAAGAGAGCGACCUUGAUCGUAUCGGGAGAUACUAUGAAGUGCAUUUCGGCAUGUUUUGUGCAUUUUUUUACUCUAUUUUUUGCGUUUCUUUCCCGCCCCAACAAUGGAACAAUCGCAAGCUAAAGCUUAAUAAAGAUUACUCGUUUAUUACUCAA